AUGAAUCUGUCAACACCGGCCGAAUAUUCUUUUCCCGGUGUUCUCCAUUACCUUCAAGUGGAAUGGCGACGCUUUGAACGUGAGCGGAAUGAAUGGACUAUUGAACGGGCACAGAUGAAGGCACGUAUAGCCUUGUUAGAAGGCGAACGGAGAGGCGUUGAACAAGUAAAGCUUGAUUUGAUGAAAAGAGUAAAAAUGUUGGAAUAUGCAUUAAGGCAAGAAAGGAAAAAGUACUUGGCAGCAAAUAACAAACAACAACACCUGCAUGAAAACGCAGACGUCGAUUCGCCCAAUGCUCCAUCAUCACCAGUAGUACGCAACACAGAAACUUCCAACCAACAAGAGGUGUCGGCCCCAAUCGUUCCUUUAGCCAAACCAGAGAAUACAGCUGAAUCAUCUGUCGCAAAGGCAAAGGAACGGAGUCGACAUGCAUUAAAAGCUUGCCUUGACGAAAUCAAUUAUUUGACAUCCAUGCCAACCAAAUUCCCACUCAUGCCCAGCUUAACAACCGAAACAAUGUUGCGCACAAAUACUUCUGGAAGUCCAGGAUCGUUUUUCCGCCAAGCCGCCUCCUCAUCAUCGUCGUCCUCUUUUGAAUACAGCGGUCAUACAUCCCCCGAACUAUCAAACACAGCAACAGCAGCAGCAGUAAACGAUCUGAGCAAAGGCAAUAAUAGUAACGCAAGAUCACCUCCAUCCAAACAAGCCAAAAAUGCUACGCAUUCCGGUUCAAAACGCUCCAACCCCUUUCUGACGCCCAUACCCAAAAACAAAGAGAGCAUGCGCUCCAAGCAUAACACUAUGUCUACCUCACCCACUACUACAUCCGCAUCAACAAUUACUACUGCAGGAGAAGUUGAACCAAUACCAUCCGUUGAAUCAUCUCAGACGUCAAGAGAAGCAGCGAGAGUAGCAGCAGCAGUAGAAGAGCAACAAGAAAGUGUACCUGCCAAUGUCGACGAAGUUGCCAUGUUAAAUAACAACAAUAAUAACAGUAGUGAUAAGGGUGAUGAUGAUUCGAAUAAUGACGAUGUGGAUAUGGAUACGGACGAUACAUCGAUGGACGAAAAUGCGUUGCUGUCUAAAGAGAUGCAAGAAAAGUAUAAUCUUUCCGAAGAAAAAGUACAGCGGAUGCUCAAGAGUGCAAGGAAAGGAACGCGGCGCUCUGAUCGAUCUUCGUCUUCCCCCGAGCCUCAAGAUGGAGAAUUCUCGCUAAAGGGAAACUUGGAUCCUUCACAGCUUAAUGAUAUAGACGAAGUCGGCAAGAAACAAGAGCAUCAACAACCGAAAAUGUGGAAGCCGCGAGUGACAAUCAAAGGACAUUUAGACUCAGUACGUGCUGUAGCGUUCCAUCCAACUGAAAUGAUGGUUGCUUCAGGCUCGGAUGAUGGCACAGUAAAAAUUUGGAAUCUUCAGCGCACUAUCGGAAAAGAUGGAAAUCCUGUGAGAAAAGCUGCUCAUGAAGAAGCUGAUCCAGUAAUUGCCUACCGUGGCCAUAACCACAUCGUAACACAAGUAGCGAUCUCUGCGGAGCAAAAAAGAGUGUAUUCGUCCAGUUUGGAUUCGACCAUUCGGGUUUGGCGUCUUCCGUCUGAAGGACACAAUCCAUCACUCAGUAUGGCAACGUAUGUCGGACACACCGAUGCUAUUUGGGACUUCAAACUCUUCCCCAUUGCUCGAGAGGAUACGUGCUUACUAGCAUCGGCAUCUGCUGAUGGAACGGUGAAGCUAUGGGAUACCCAAACAUCCGGACAGCUGUUGAAAAGCUCUCUAACCUUUGAUGGUGUCUUGACCGAGAAUGAUCAUCGACGGAAUCUUCCUGUACCGACGUCGCUUGACUUCUGUCACACCGAUUUGACAAAAAUGGCUGUAUCGUUCGCUAACGCACAGAUCCGCAUCUACGAUAUCGAAACUGGACAAGUAGUCACAACACUGGAAGGAAGUAACGACACUUAUGAUGGCACAGUAGGCACACAAAUUAAUACUAUUAUUGCUCAUCCAACAAUGCCUCUGAUAGUAACGGGACACGAAGACCGUCAGGUCAAAUUCUAUGAUCUCAAAAGUGGCACAUGCGCAUUUUCUAUGUCUGCGCAUUUGGAUUCUGUGGCGUGCCUGGAUAUCGAUCCAAGCGGCAUGACGCUUGUGUCGGGCGGACAUGAUUCAUCGAUAAGACUUUGGGAUAUUUCCAUGUCAAAAACAUGUAUGCAGGAGUUCUCUGCACAUCGGCGAAAAGGCCAUGAAGGUGUAUUGAGCGUACAAUACCACAAGGCGUAUCCAUGGAUGGUUAGUGGUGGCGCUGACAGUAUCGCCAAGGUCUAUCACCACGGACAUCAUCAUUGA